UCAUUCCUUGCUCUUGACGUUCAGAUAUACCCUGAGUUUCAUACCACCCAUUUUCAACAUGACCACCCCACCACAUCAAGUGGCCGAUGUAUUUACCGAAACAGAAAUUUCCGACUUUUCAACAUUGUAUCAGUCUAUAGACAAACCCAAUGUACAUGGAUUAAACCUCACCGUACCAGAACACGCACGAGCGGUUAUCAAACCGUGGAAUGAACGCGAAGAUACUACUGCGUCUGCUGAGUCGCAGGAUGACGAUGAAAUCAUCAUCCAUGUGCCCUUUAUAGAGAACGUACGCGUUCGGUCUGUAUUGUUUAAGUUUGCCAGAGGGGAAUUCUCACCCCGUCACCUACGAAUCUACGCGAACCACCCAUAUAUCGUAGACUUCACUGAAGCAGAAGACCUUAGACCUCAUCUGGAUAUCAAUCUACGUGAAGGCGAAGCAGGCGUCAUAGAAUACCCGCUCAGAACUGCCGCAUUUGCGAAUGUGCAUUCCCUAUCACUCUUCUUCAAUGAAGCUGUUGGCCGAGAGUCCAUAAGGAUAUACUACAUCGGAUUCAAAGGCGACAGUCGAGUCAUAAAGAAAGAAGCCAAUUCGAAACUAGACAUUCCUGCUGCCAACGCUCCCGACGCUAAGGUCAUUGAUCGCUUACAGGAGAAGGCUGCAGGAGCCCAGGCAACAGCUCGAUGAACACGUCUAUACGUACCUGGCUAUAUGCGUUCGCGUUUGGUCGGAUUUGCUGUCGCGCUUUCGGGAUAUUUGCACAUGCUCAUUGUACUACUAAUACAUAUUGGUUUUAUGGAUGCAUUGGAUCUACUGCAACUUAUCACACAUUCACUUCUUUCCGAAUAUAGCGCCGAAGGUGGUAAAGUUGUGGCUGCGAAUGAGCAUUGGGUCAGUAUUUCGG